AUGGAAAGAAGAAAAAUACCUGAAACCUGGACUCUGUCAAUUAUAUGCCCUAUUUACAAGAAAGGGAAUGUCAUGAAUUGUAAGAACCAUAGAGGGAUAUCACUACUCAACAUGUCAUACAAGAUACUAUCAAACAUACUUCUCAGCAGACUAAGGCCAUAUGGCGAGGAAAUACAAGCGUAUGACUCCAUAGUAAGAGAAGAGCUAUGGAUAGCAAUGUACAACCUAGGAGUUCCUAUUAAAUUAAUUAGACUGAUAAAAUCGUGCUUACAGAACUCAAAAUGCAAAAUUAAGGCCAAUGGUUAUAUAUCUAAGGAAUUCGAAGUUAAAACAGGAUUGAGACAGGGAGAUGCACUGUCUCUCAUACUCUUUAAAAUUACAUUGGAAUCAGUGGAGUUCACCGGGUGGCGCAAGACCUUGCGCUCGCAUCAGCUACCAGAUGGGGAAGCUGACGUCUUAGUAGUCAGUGAGUCGAACCGAGCACAUCCAUCGGAAGCGGACGGCUGGUUCUCGGAAGCGACAGAAACGUCGGCCGUAACAGUUCUAAGGCAGCUACCAAGAAAUCGAGUGGGACCUUCAGUUCCAGGCUUCCGAUGGGUCGAAUUCCCGGGGAUCAGGUUGUGCAGCUGCUACUGGUCCCCCAAUUCUAUCAUUGCAGAAUUCACAGACUUCCUACUGCGAUUGGAAAUCAUUAUUAGAUCAUCUCCCACACUCGCAGUUGUCUGUGCCGGGGACUUCAACGCCAAAUCCCGGGAAUGGGGAAGCCCACGGGAGGACAGGAGAGGCACGCUUCUGGCAGACUUCAUAUCAGCACUUGACGCUACGAUUUGUAAUGAUGGACAUAGGCUUACAUUCGUUCGUGGGGAAUUAGAGACGUACAUAGAUGUCACUUUCGCCUCAGCGAACAUAAGUGGUGCAGUUAGAAAUUGGACGGUGCGUGAGGACGUGUCCCUGAGUGUUCACAGGUUCAUUACGUUCCACGUUAGAAUCGCAUUUACCACCAACGUUUGCCCGAGAAACGGCCAGCAUCCAGUUCCACACACUUCUCCAGCCGUGGCACAAGCGGAAGAACUUGUCGGAUGGUUGACACGGGUGACAGAUAAAUUACUACCGAAACAGAAGGAGAUCCAGGCCAACGCCAGCCAGAAACAUGAAGAAGUGUGGAAGGAGAAGAGGAAACUUCUAGCAAUAGAAAUUAAAGAAGCCAAAGAUAAAUUCUGGGCCGACAUCAUCGCGACUGUGGACGAUGACCCAUUGAGUAAACCAUAUAAAAUCGUCACGAAGCGGUUAAGACGUCAGUGCCCAAUCACGGGAAUUCAUCUUCCGGGCAGAAUAGAAGCAAUCGUUAACGCCUUAUUCCCGACGGCACCGACAGUGCACACGCCAAAGGAGCCAAACCUCGACGGAGGGCAGUUAGUCCCUUUCUCAAUCGAUGCAUUUAAGGCAGCAGCAAAAUCUCUCCCGAAUCAAAAAGCUCCUGGACCAGACGGCCUGUCAAAUGAAAUAAUCAAAGUGGCUGUGUCGACCGAUCCUACAGCGUCCAUGCGUGCGUUUAAUGCAUGCCUGGAAAGUGGACAGUUCCCUCAACAUUGA